GAUCUGUUAUCUGUUUUUGUACUUUGUGUUUUUUGUUUAGGUAGCUUAAGUUUAUCCGUCUGUGGUGUGUUACUACUAGUUAUUUGUUACUGGGGUAUGUUACAUUAUUUUGCAAAUUAAUAUCUAAAAUUAAUAUUAUGCAGUAAAUGUGCUUAUUUUUAUAUUUUCCAGUCCCAAAUAUAGAACCAUUACGAAUUACUGUCGCCUAUAUCGAGUUGAUAAAACGUAUCUUUCACAACGUUAACACUUUAUGGUUUGAUGGCUCAAUCACUGAUCGCUUGUCCUCUGUGCUCUGCUGCCAGUUUUUCCAGUACCAAUACUCUCUGCCUCUCUCUGGUCAGUGUUGCCUCCAAGUGGCUUCGUUGUACUCUGUGUGAGGAGGAACUCCAUGGACUAGACAAGUUUACGAUACAUCUAGUUGGACAUCUCGUCCUCACUGACAACUUCAAGAAACAUCUUGUUACAGAUCAUCCAGAUUCACCUGAUAUGAAGCAGAUUUCUCAUACUGAACCCUUAAACCUUGUUAAGACUCAUACCGGUCUGUUGAAAGAAACCAUGAAUGAAAUCACACCAUCAAACAUAGUUCUUAAUGAGUCACUUUCUUUUCAAUCAAAACAGUCCAGUGAUGCUAAUUGUGAAAGGCCAAGUCUAAAAAUUGAUGAUGAAGUAAUGAUUUUUUUCAAUUAUGAAGAUCAAUCUGUACAAAACAGCAGUAGUGACAAAAUAACUUGUCCUGAAAAAAUUUGCGAAAUGUCCUGCUCACCAGCACUUUGCAAUUUAGCUGUUGAUUUUGAUCAAAGUGUUGAAAAGAACAGUAAUAACAUUUCAACUACAAAAGACAUUACAACUACCAUACUGAAUGAUGAAUAUUUCAACUUGCCUUUCACAAAUAAUGAGCCUCAUUAUUUGUUUCCAACAAAUUUGAAUCCUGGAUCUUAUUCAGAAUGUUCGAAUAAAAUUGUUGGUAAUGAAACAGAAAUGGAUUUAUCUCUAUCAGAUAAACAGAAAGAAAGUGAAAAUAACGUUGAAGCAACCGAGAACUCAGACAAUCUUAGUAAUAAAUCUAACGAAUAUUGUGCUCUUCAAAAAGUAACUGGCAAUAGAAGUUCUUUCUUAUCGCCUAGAGGGGAGCGGGUGCUUGGUUACCGAUGUGAUGUUUGUUCACUGGUGUUUCCAGAUGAACAAAUUUUGUUGAUGCAUAGGAAGUUGAUCCAUACAGAGUUAAGUGGAGACCCCACUAAGGAAAAAAAAUAUAAAUGUCAUCUUUGUUCAAAGUCAUUUAUUAUGAAGGGAAGUCUCAUGGUUCAUAUGCGAGUAGCUCAUUUUGGUGGAGCAGUGGUGGCAAGACUGGUCGAAGCAAAGCAGCUUGAGUCAAAUGCUGUUAGUCCAGACUCUGCUCAAUAUGUUUGCUCUAUUUGCAACAAAGGUUUUACAAAGGAGCAGCAGUUGACACAGCAUGAGAAGUUGCAUGAAGGCAAACAGUGUGAUAUCUGCCUCAAAACUUUCACAACAAAAUAUUUUCUACGCAAACACAAACGUUUACAUACAGGUGAAAUGCCAUAUUCGUGCAAUGUCUGCAACAAAAGCUUCACAUUCCAGCAGUCAUACCACAAGCACCUUCUGUACCACAGUGAUGACAAGCCGUACUCGUGUGGUGAUUGUGGACGAGCAUUCAAGGAGCUAUCUACCUUGCACAAUCAUCAGCGCAUCCACACCGGCGAGAAGCCUUUCUCCUGUGAGACAUGCGGAAAAUGUUUUCGUCAAAGAGUAUCCUAUCUGGUUCAUCGCCGGAUCCACACAGGUGUAAUGCCCUACAAAUGUCAAGACUGUGGGAAAACGUUUCGAUACAAGGUGAGUGAGCGAACACAUAAGUGUACGAUCUCAGCACAAGGAAGCAGUAUUGAAUCUCCCAAAAACUGCUGUAUCAGUGAGUGAGCGAACACAUAAGUGUACGAUCUCAGCACAAGGAAGCAGUAUUGAAUCUCCCAAAACUGCUGUAUCAAAUACAAUGCAACAAAGUGAAACAUCUAAUUUUAAUAAAGAAAAGGAUGCUGAAAACACCAUUGAAG